CUCCCGGGUACCAGCGAGAGGAACCGGCAGGCUGGUCCCCGCUGGGGCCUGCGCGGCGCAGCCGCCAUGAAGCUGACGCGGAAGAUGGUCCUGGCCCGGGCCAAGGCCUCGGAGCUGCACAACGUGCGCAAACUCAAUUGCUGGGGUAGCCGGCUCACAGAUAUUUCCAUAUGCCGGGAAAUGCCCAGCCUGGAGGUGAUCACCCUCAGUGUCAACAGUGUCUCCACCCUGGAGCCCGUGAGCAGCUGCCGGCGCCUGAGCGAGCUAUACCUGCGGAGGAACUGCAUCCCCAGCCUGGCCGAGCUCUUCCACCUGAAGGGCCUGCCGCGCCUGCGGGUGCUGUGGCUGGCCGAGAACCCGUGCUGCGGCACUGACCCCCAGCAUUACCGCAUGACUGUGCUGCGCAACCUGCCCAACCUCCAGAAACUGGACAACCAGGCUGUGACAGAGGAGGAGCUGUCCCGGGCCUUGAUGGAAGGAGAUGAGAUCACCGCUCCAGGCAGAGACAGUGGCUGCCCUGAGCCAUCCUACGUGCUGAGCUUGGUCAGCUCCACUACUGAGACCGGCCAGGACCUGCUGAGCUGUGGCGAGGAGGAGGCAGAUGUCCAGGCCCAGCUUGGCCUGAAGGCCCCUUCCCAGGACCAGUUUUCUUCCUUUUCACAAAAAGAUGCUUCAAACAGUAUCAAGAACAGGAACGUGCUGACUGCCAUUUUGCUGCUCCUGCGGGAGCUGGACAUGGAGGGGCUGGAGGCCGUGCGGUGGACUGUUGGCAGCCGGCUGCAGGCCCUGCAGGGGCAGGAGCUGCAGGAGCAGGUGGAGUGACUGUUACCAGGACCCAGAGCUGCCGGGCCAGCACAUGGACCCCAGAGUCCUCUCCUCCUGCACCUGGGAGGUGGAGGGCCACAGCCUCAGCCCUGGCAGGAAAGCCACACUCGGUUUGCCAGGCCCAAGGGCAGGAGGGAGUGUCAGGUGCUGGCAGGGUGGAACCAGCUCCUGUGCCUGUAGCUGAAAAGGAGCCUUGGCCUAGACUGGCAGAGAUGCCUGCCACAGCUGGACGUCUGGGGGCUCUCCAGUGGUCAGGAGUCUGGGCUCUUCUCCAAGGGAGGGCUUUCCGGGCCAUCCUUCCUAAUAAAGUAUUUCCAAGUCUGAUCUGGAAGCACAUGUUCCCCAGCUGGCAGGAGGGGCCUUGACAGUCCCAUUUCAGCCCUGAGUCAGUGAUAGGUUUGUGGACUGGGGAGACUGCAGGACAGAGGGCAGACCCCUGGUCCUUGGCACUCUGCAGCCCCCACUGCCACGGAAGGGUGUUUCCUUUUUGAAGUGGGGCAGGGAGGGUGUGCUUCCUUCCCUCUCAAGGGCACUGCAACAGUGGGCGGUCGACGCCAACCACGUGGGGCCAUGGGGACAAGCUGCCAGGGGCCUCUGGAACAUGGUCUGGAAGCUUCCUCUGGGAAGAGGCUGCCAGGAUCCAGGUGGUGACACUGCAACCCUGGGCCUUCCUGGUGCCUCUGGAAACCAAGGGUGUGUGCAGGUGACAGGAAGGGUGUCGCUUCAAACCAUCAUGGGGAAACCAAAUCUGGCUGUGCUAAGCUCAGGACUGGGCAGAACACAGGGGGCCUUCCCUCAGACCCUUCUUGGUGGGGUUGGGACCUAGGUCUGUGAAACGUCCACCUCCAUGCAGGAGCUGAGAGCACAUCAGGUCACGUGACAGCUGCAUAGACCACAGACCCAGUGCUGGAGUGGUGUGUCUGGAAGGCCACCCAACUCUCCUCCGCUGUGUUUGAAGAUGAAGCUCCCCCCAUGGUAUGAGCCACUUUUGACAUGGUGGUGGCUGUUGUACUCAGGGCCUGGUCAAGGCCAAGGUGAAGUGGGGGUGAAUCACCUGUAGGGUUACUUCCAGUCAUGGGUAUUCUCUGAGCGAUGGGAAGUUGAGGCACCAUGUUGGGGACAGAAGGUCAUAGGCCUGCAUCUGUGCCCCCUUGUAAUGGUAUGCUGUUGAACACUCAAUAAAGCACUGUCUUGG